GCAUGGUGAAAGACUGGUUAGCACAUCUGCCUCACAGUUCUGAGGACCGGGGUUCAAAUCCCAGCCCCGCCUGUGUGGAGUUUACAUGUUCUCCCCGUGCCUGCGUGGGUUUUCUCGGGGCACUCCGGUUUCCUCCCACAUCCCAAAAACAUGCGUGAUAGGUUGAUUGAUGACUCUAAAUUGCCCGUAGGUGUGAAUGUGAGUGUGAAUGGCCGUUUGUUUCUAUGUGCCCUGCGAUUGGCUGCCAACCAUUUUAGGGUAUGCCACGCCUCCCGCCCGAAGAUAGCUGGGAUAGGCUCCAGCACUCCCACGACCCUUGUGAGGAUAAGCGGCUUGGAAAAUGGAUGGAUAAUUACAAUAAUACAGAUUGUAUAGUUCACCAAAUCAAACUGCGCAGCAAGAUCAUAAAUGAACAUCAUUCUCAUGUUUAGCUAUUACUGCAUUUGUCUUUUUUUUCCACAGUAAUACAGUAUGUUUAGGCUUCCUAAUAAUACUAUAAUACUCCAGCAGCCCGUGACCCGAGUGAGGAUAAGGGGUGAAGAAAAUGGAUGGAUGGAUGUUUCUGCAUAUAUGGGGAGCAAUCUGUUUAAGGAGCGGAUGCAGGUCACUGAGUUGUGGCGUACAGCAGCGCAGGAGCUUGACCAUCUACAGGAGUCCUACCGGAGAAUGUUCACUAAUGGACUCAAUGCCAAUGCUACAGGACAACAGCUCAUACAAACCAACUGUAAUUUCUUAAAGACAAUGACGGGGCACAGCGCAGAGGUGGAGGACCUACAAAUCCAGCUCAGAACAACCAAGACUGAGCUGAGAACAGCCAUGGCCAAAGUGGAUGAGAUGACCCAACAGCUCCAGUCUGUUCAGCAGCAGCUAAAGAGACAGGAGGAAAAGGAGACAGAGGCCCUGAGUCGAGAGGAAGCAGCACACAGACAAAUUCAACAGCUUCAGACAACCAUCAGUCAUCAAGAGACCAAAAUAAAAAGUGCAUCUCAGGAGACAGAGACUGCAUUCAAAGAUCUAACUAUGUGGGAGACUACAGCAGGGAACCUAAAGGUCCGUUGUGCUACUUUAGAACAGGAGAAGUAUGAGGGUCUAGACAAAGUGCGAGAGUGUGUGCAGAUGGCUGAAGAGGCAGCAUUGCAGAAGGAUGAGGCCCAGUUAAGAGCAAAGCAGUUGACCGAGGAGCUAGAGAGGACAAAAAAGGCCUUCCAACAGUUGAGCCAGGAUGCUACUCUUUGCUCCAAUAAAGAGCUGAACAACAUGCGUCAGCAGUGCAACACUGAAAUGCAAAGUAUGGCUGAGGAAUUGUCUCUAUUGCACCUGGAGUGUGUGGACAAACAGUCUCAGAUUGAGAGGUCUAAGCGAGAGAGAAAAGCUUUAGAAGAGGAACUAGCGAAGGUGACAAAGUGCAAGGUAGAGCACGGGCUUGGGACAAUUGAUGCCCUUCACCAGAAGUGUCUAAAGGCAGAGCAGAUGAAGGAUGAGAUAAGCUUCACUUUGCAAAGUACCCAAAGCAAACAAAAAAAGUUGGAAUUGGACUACAGUGCCGAGUUGUCCCGAUACCAGGAGGAAGUGCAGACACUAAAUGGUUUUUUGAAUGCAGCAAGAGAGGACUGUGUCAGAAUCAGUGACGAGCGACUCCAGUUGCAACAGGAGAAUGUUCAGUUCCGCAGAGAGAUGGAUGAGCUGCACAAGGCCUCCUUGCAGGGCCAAAAGAAAGCCAAACAACAGAUUACACAGAUGGAGCAAGAGUACAGCACAAAGGAGAAGGCACUAAAAGCGCAGAUUACUGACCUGGAGGAGAGCAGUCGCAACUCAAGUGCUGAUCUGAUGCGUCUUCUCACAGCACAGCAGAAAAGUAUCCAGCGCUGGAAGGUGGAGGCCCCAAAUAUGGCCCAGGCUUUUCAAUCCAGAAUUAAAAAUCUGAUAGAAGAGCUAAAUCAACACCAACAACGUUCACAUGUGUUUGAGAUCCAGCUCACGAAAAACAACGAUACUAUUGUGGAGUACGAGAGACAGCUAACAGAGUUUCGAGAGAAAGCCAGUCGCCUCCAGAGACGACUCACUGAAGUUGAGCAACGCACAACGCCCUCACAAUUCUGUUUUGGCAUCUCCACGGGGGAAAACCAGUCUUGAUUCCUCUGAAGCAUGAACAGUCACUCUUUAGUGUUUAGAACAUUCACAAUAAAUACUAAAAUACAA